UGGAUAUCUUUUGGUCUAUUUGAUAACAAUGCAACUUGAAUAAACAGAGAGAAAAGAUCACAGCGACUCGGGGCCGACAAGAAGAACGGUCCGCCAUGGCUCUGGUAGUGUUCGCGCUUUUGGCUCUUCUCUCUACCGCUGCCGCCCAACAGGGGCAGGUAUGCAGCGCCAAACUGGACCUCAUGCUGGUGCUGGACGGCUCCGGCAGCGUGGGAGAUGCCGACUUUGCCAAAACUCUACAGUUUGCCGAGAACGUCGUCAACGCUUUUGACAUCGGAACUGACCUGACUAGAGUGGGAGUGGUUCAGUAUUCUGACAACCCGACAAUGGAGUUUAAUAUGGGGGAUCACGCUGACAAGGCCUCUACCAUAGCUGCCGUGAACAACAUCCAGUACCAGAACGGAGGCACGGCUACUGGAGCAGCACUGGAGUUCGCGCGAGCCAACGCAAACUGGAGGGGUGCACCUGUGCCUAAGGUGAUGAUCGUGGUGACAGACGGCAAGUCCGGAGACGAUGUGACCGCCGCGGCCCAGGCCCUGGCAGGAGAGGGAGUUGCCGUGUACGCCAUCGGUGUGGGCAACUACGACCUGCCUGAGCUGCAACAGAUCGCUAACGGCAACAACAACAACGUCAUCGAGCUGCAAGAUUACAACGCCCUGACGGCUGCCAUUGAUCAGAUUGCCGGACAGGUUUGCAUAGACAUAGACGAGUGCCAGUCCCAGCCGUGUCAGAACGGAGGUCAGUGCAUCAACGGCGACAACCGCUACGACUGCCAGUGUCCCGCUGGAUUUACCGGCCAACCACCCCUGCCCCGACAUGUAACGCACCGCUGGAUCUCUUCUUCGUUCUGGACGGAUCCGGCAGCGUAACUGGCGCCAACUUCGACAAGGUGAAACAGUUUACUAAGAACGUGGUGAACGCUUUCGACAUCAGCGCGACCGCCACCAGGGUCGGCGUGGUGCAGUACUCUGACUCCAACACCUUGGAAUUCAACCUUGGUGACCAUGCAGACAAGCCAUCUACCCUGGCCGCCAUUGACAGCAUCGUGUACCAGGGUGGCGGCACAACCACCGGGUCCGCUCUGGAGUUCGCCCGCGUGAAUGCAGCAUGGAGAGGCGGAAGUGUUCCAAAGGUGAUGAUCGUGGUAACUGACGGUAAGUCAACUGAUUCUGUGACGGCGUCCGCUAACAACCUGGCCGCUAAUGGCGUGGAUGUGUACGCCAUCGGCGUGGGCAACUACGAUGGCGCCGAACUUCUGGAUAUCGCUGCCGGCAACCAGAACAACGUGAUCGAGUUGACGGACUUCAACGCCCUGAACGCAGAGAUCGAGCAGAUUGCCCAGACUGUCUGCCGAACUACUGUGUGAACCACCAGUGCCAGAACGGUGCCGCCUGUGUUAACCAGCCAGGCCAGAAUGGCUACACCUGCAACUGCCUGCCGGGAUGGGAGGGACCACACUGUGAAACACCAUCUUGUCAGAACACGGUCUCCCUGUGUGGCAACAGUCCUGGAUGGCCUGAUGUCGGCCUGUGCUCAGAGACCUAUGUACUCGCCGCCUGCCCUGAGUUCUGCGGCACUUGCAGCUGCCCCACAAACCCCGAGUGUAAGAAUGGCGGUAGCCGCGGUAACGACCCUAACCUGUAUGGUGAAGAUACCUGCGACUGUGUCUGUGUGGGGUCAUGGACAGGACCGACCUGUGAAGUCUGUUCUCUGUCGUGUGCAAAUGGAGGUGUUGUCGACCAAGGCAGCUGUACUUGCGUCUGUGCCGAUGGCUGGGAUGGACCUACCUGCUCAGACGUGUGUGCGGAUUCCAGCACUCUCUGCGGAGCUAACCCUGGUUGGCCUACAGUGGAAUCCUGUCAAGUGGACUAUGUACAGGCUGCUUGUCACGCUUUCUGUGGCGUCUGCACGCCCGUGGUUGUGAACCCCCCUGUGGCACUCGGCAGCUGCCAGGCACCUGUGGACCUGGUGUUCGUCAUCGACGGCUCCGGCAGCGUUGGUGCCACGGAGUUCGAGAAAGCCAAGACCUUCAUGAAGAACGUCGUUUCGCAGUUCGUCAUCAGUGCAGCAGAUACUAAGGUUGGCGUGAUUCAGUACAGCUCAACUGUGCAAGAAGAGUUCUCCCUCAAUGCCCACUUCACCAAGACUGCUGUCCUCAACGCCAUCGACAACAUCGUGUACAUGGGAGGAGGCACGCUUACUGGAGCAGCCAUCACGUACAUGAAGGAUAACAGCCAAUGGAGACCGGGCGUGGCCAAAAUCGCCAUCGUGGUGACUGACGGGAAGUCUAGUGAUGAUGUUGGACCCCCAUCCAGCGCGGCCCAGCAAACCGGCAUCACCAUGCACGCCAUCGGUGUUGGAGCCAAUGUAGACCAGACGGAGUUGAGUCAGAUCGCCAGUACCUCUCAGUACGUCACCACCGUGGCCGACUACGACGCGCUGGACGCCCAGAUGGCCCAACUGACUGCCUCUGUCUGUGACGGCGCGAAUGACCAGUGUGAGUUGCCUGUGCUGCAGUACCAGACCUGUGUGCAGCAGGCGCUCUCCACCUGCUACUCCCAGACUGGUGCACGGGAGGUCAGCAGGGUCAGGAGGAGCGCAGACACGCCCAUCACCCUCCGUCGCCAAGCUGAGGUCCAUGUGAUGGUGAGCAGCCAGGGUCUGCUGGCCGUGGUGGCCGUCACCGUUGGUAACGUCUUUCUGGCAGCAAUCGCUUUCACCUUCAAGAUGAAGCAGCUGACCAAGGCCAAGUCCAACGGCAGUGCCUAGUUUUACACAUGACGUGAUACCGUCUGAUACAUGAUCAAACAUGACAUCCUACAAAUGGUAACAGAAUAAACAUCAAAUCUUGAAAGAUUACGUUAUCUUAUUCAAUGUAAAAGCAUCUAUCUGAGUCAGUUGUUUUAGCAAAUGUUAUUGGUAGUGUACAUUAUUCACAUUGAGUUCCCAUACCUAUUUGGUAUGCCAAUGGUCAGAUGUAAAUUGUAAACCAGAUUUCCUUUGAUCAACAAAAUAAACCACCCAGUCUUGAAAA